AUGGUCAAGUUUGAUCUCAUCCGCCACGGCGAGUCCUGUUCCAACGUCUACUUUACGCAGGACGUAGCCACCGGCAACUUCACGGCCGGGCCGCACAAGGACCCCAACCCGGGCAAUCUCGCAACCGGCACCAUCUGCGUGCCUGGAGACCACUUCUUCGCGACCGUACUGACCCCCUACGGCGUGGCGCAGUGCGUGACGGAGCGCCGCCGCCUCGAGGACCCGGCCACGGCGUACCCGGCCCACGAGGUCCGGGCCGUACUCUCGUCGCCGCUCGAGCGCGCCGUCGAGACGGCGAUCCUGACGACGCCGUUCGCGGCGCUCAGGAACUGCGGCUGGACCGUCACGCUGGUGCCGCAGCUGCAGGAGGCCGUCAAGUACCAGUGCGACGUGUUCUCGUGCCGCGGGCUGCUGGAGACGCACGUCGAGCGCACGCGGAAGCUGUACGUGGCCAUCCUGACCGCCGAGGGGAGGGGGGCGGACGCGGCGGCGUUGGCGGCCGUCCGCAUCGGCCUGGACUGGACCGCCAUGGACGUCGAGGCUGCGCCGCCCGGCGUGUCGAGAACGCGCGAGCUGGUGAACGAGUCGGCGGCCAGGCUCGAGGCGCGGGCGGCCGAGGCGAGGGGGUUCCUUGCCGCGCUGCCGACCGCCGGGCGGGACGACGCUCGGUACCUCGUCUUCACGCACGGGCAGAUCACAGAGUACCUGCUCGACCUGCCGCUGUGCAGCCCGCCCAAGGCCAGGCUGAUGGAGUUUGUGCUCGAGGGCCUCGCGCACGUCCCCAGGGUGCUCGAGGCGCCCAGUCUGAGACUCGGGCUGAGCGCAGGGGACGCCAGGGAAGACACGGAAGAGAGGAUCGAGGAGGGCAGGGAAGCGUACAGGGUCCUGGAGAAGGUGGCUUGGAUCAGGAAGAUGGGCAGGGUUCCCGGCGGCGUGCCGCCCGUGUGUCUCGGCCACCCUGUUCCCGGCAAGGGUCAGUGGCCUGUUGGCGAUUCCGGGCGCUUUCGCACGACGAGCCUGCCGAAGAACGAAGGGCUGCUCAAGAAGCUCGCCGCUGCUGCUGUGGAGGCUUCUCAAAGCUACGAUCCGGCCAAGCAUAUGAAGAGUCUUUGGGGGCAGGGAGAGUAUCCGGAAAUGAUGCUGCAGAGGACUGUCGGUGCAGUAGCGAAGAAGUAG